UAGUAUGUUUACAAAUUGAAUUUACUUGAUUUUACACAAGCAAAAUGGUUCAGAUUAGACUCGAUCGUUUUCCCGAUGUGUGUCGCAUUUGCCUGCAGGAUAAGGCUUCCAAAGAAGUGGCCAACAGCGACGAAAAGCGGGCUGCCCCGGAAAUGAUGCUCCCGAUCGAGAACACAACGCUGGAGUACGGUGGGGAUCAAACCCUGGCGGAGCUGCUCAACGAAUUGGCCAACUAUCGGGUGGGAAAGCAGCACAUAUCCAGGAUUCUACCAAAUGCAAUCUGUGCCACCUGUUUCGGAAUCCUCGAAUUCGUGGUUCACUAUCGGAGGAAGCUCAAUCUCACACUUCGAUUUAUGGAAGGUUUCGCAGAACUUCGAACCGGAAACGAUCAGCCUCUGGGUCAACUAUUCUCUGCUUGUUCCGAGGAUCUAGCGCAGCUCCUUGUUGAAACGAACGUCUGCGAUUCACAGGAUGAAAUACGUUUUGAGGAUUUUCUCGAGCAGUUUGGAACUGCGAGGGAGCAUAUAGCAACGGCUGGCCCUGCUAACAUUAUUCUUAGAGGAGUGCAGUUUGUGGUAAAACCUAAUGAAGAAUUGCGCGAGGAAUCUCUCAAUCAAGAAUAUCUGAAUGUUGAAUAUGUUGAGGAUGAAUCGGAAGCCAUUCAAGGAACGAAAACUGUGCAUGCUAAUGCUGAGUGGCCCGAAUUUUUACAAGAAUCUGAUGACGAACACGAAAAUGUAAUAAUGUCUCGCCCAAACACAGAAGUAAAAGUAAUAAGAAAAUUUCCAAAGCCUAAGCAAAAGCCAGGAACUCACUUGUGUGGGUUUUGUCAGUAUAAAACAACGUCCAAAGAAAUGUUCCAGCAUCAUCUGGAAAGUCACGAGGCAGACGCAAAUCCUUGGAAAUGCUCUUAUGCAAAGUGUAGCGAAGUUUACGUAACCAAAGCUGAGCUUGUGCAGCACAAACGGGAAGUACAUUCGAAAUAUGUUUGUGAUAUAUGCGGGCUGAUAGUAAAACACAAGUAUACCCUGGAAAUUCACUUACGGCGUCAUGUCGGAGCCAGUAGAUUUCCUUGUCAGUACUGCUCGACAUCGUUCAUUACAUCCAACGAGCUGAAAUUGCACCUUUCGGUUGUUCACGUAAUUGCAGAAGAUUACGAAUGCAACGAAUGUGGACUGACCUUUAAAAACAAAAAAUCCUUGACUCUUCAUCAGAAAACUCAUUCGAAUGAGCGUAGUUUUCCGUGUGACGAAUGCGAGAUGGCUUUCAAAACGUCGGCUCAUUUAAGGCGGCACCAGAAUACGGUGCACCGAGCUAUAAAAUUCAGCUGUCCCAAUUGUUCCGUUUCGUAUGGACGAAAGGACAAACUUCGGAUGCAUAUGGAGAAAGUGCAUAAGAUCCAAACUUAUUUCCCGUGUGACAUCUGUCUGAAAACUUUCUCGAACCAACGUGACUUGGAGGAACACAAGCACCAUCACCGGAACCCACAGAAUCUGGAAUGUGGUGUUUGCUUGACAGCAUUCCUGGAUGCCAAAGAUUUCGCGGAACACCUCUGCAUAACCUAUCGGGAGGAUUACGUGUGUUGUGAUCGAGAUUUUAAAUAUCAUCUGCAGUACAAUAGGCAUAUGUUCUUGGUCCAUGGGAUGAAGACAAACGUGCGGGUGAAACCGGACUCGGAUCAAUUGCUGGGAGCUGCGAUGGCUUCCAGGAAGCCAAUCGAAAGGUGCGGCAAAUGUGGGCAGACUUUUGCUACCCGGAAGCAGAAGAAAAACCACAUGGCUCUUUGCAUGCCAGUUUCAUCUUCGUCAACUUCUAUCAUGCAACAACAACCAACGAUCGAAUUUAGCGAUGGCAUAACAGCGACUGAACAGGAUGGAUUAAACAUGUUAUCUUCCAUUUCCUUUCAGAUUAUUCAACAAUAGAACAGUGUAUCAGUUUUUGUUUUCACAUAGGUUCUUAUGUAGAGAAAAUCCAUUUUGCGGCAUUUAGUUGUGACUCAGUUGAUAGAAAGCGGGUUCAAAUAAUUUACAAUUUCUGAACAUACAAUAGACUAUAGACAAAUUAUAAGCAAUGUAGUU